AUGUGGGCGCGGGGCCGAAAGUCGCCGCCCGUCUGUGACGCAGAUAGCGGCGCGCACUUUGACCCCCCGUGCGAGAGCGGGAGGAGGGGCCCGGACGUACGUGACAGCGAACUGGCGCCAGAGGAGAGUGCGUCACGCGCCGCCGGCGGAUAUGCAUGUUUUUAUUUCCGCCCGCCGGCAGCAGGCAGGACAGAGCGGCCCGCGGGGGCCUGCAAGAAUUUGGUCCGCGGCGGGUUCCAGCCGCGCCUUCCGACUUCGCUGCCGCCCCCAGGGCAGCAGCAGCAGCAGCCGUCGCCGCUACCACGCCGACAGCCCGUCCCGUUGAUGCCUCCCGCGCAGCUUCAUCCGGGAGCGCCCCAGGUGGUCGCUCCGGCGCCUGCGGUCCCUCUUCAGUCGCCACCGCCUUCGGAGCUGAUGGACGUCGACCCCUCAGCCUGGCCGCCUUCCCAAGCGGUGGCUUUGCAGCCUGUCCUGCAGCCGCUUUCCUUGGGCACCCCCAAGGAGUCUGACACCGCAGCGCCUUGUCCGGCGCCCACUCAGCAGCCGUCGCCGCAGCGUCAGGAGACGCUGCCUCUCUUCGUGGGUCCCGACGCCCCGUCGCGGCCAGUACCAGAAGCUGCGCCCGUGGUCACAGGCGCCUCAGGAGGCAACGAGCCACGCUGCUGCAGCCCCUGCGAGCCGCUGCAACAGCCCGGGGCGCUGGCUGCCUGGAACCGCUAUAACGGGCCAUUUGCAUGUCAAAAGCCCCUAAUAUGCCACGGUUUCAAUUUGCGAGCCGCGCCCGGCCCGAGCAGCGCCGAGCCCGCACGAGCUGCCGCCGGGCCCUCGACGGCUGGCCGGGCCGCGCGCUGCGUACCCGCAAGUGCCUGGAGAGGGCGCCGGCCGCCGCAGCAGAAACGAGAUCCGCGGCCGCCUUUUGUCUCGGGGCGCUCCCACCUCUUCUGA